GCGUGGUUGUGCAUCCAUCGUGGGGUCCCAGGAGGAACUUUAAGAACUAUUCAGAUUCCAGCGAGUCAAGAUCGCGUGUUUGGUGAAGUGAUCCGAAUAGUUUAAGACAAGUCUGCGACAAUGGCAGCGAUAGUUUUGUGACCAAAAAAAAAAGUGAGAGCUGAAAUCCAAUCAAUUAAAACUAAGCUAAGCAAAAACCUAACGCGGAGUAACCUUUUAAAGCGUUUUCCCGAAAAGGCGGGCACAAGAAGAGCGAGUGGGUGGAGCGGUGAAAUGGGCGGUGGCGCCCUGACCAUCCGCCCAAAUCAGCGGCGGGGCACGGUGCGGAUGCGUGAUGUACUCGUCCUGGCCUUUGACAACUGAAAUCGAUAACCGCAACACACAAAGUGCUGAUCAGCCAAUCAAGGCGAGCAACUAAGCGAUAUAGGGGUGCACUCAAAGCGUCCCGAAAAAAGAACUAGAGCCCCGAGCCCCAGGAUGCGGAUGUGGGUGCGGAUGCCACAGGCUGUGCAGCUGCUGUUUGCGAUGGGCUUGUGGGCGAUGCAAGGUCACGCGCAGUUGGAUUCAGAGCCAGAGGCAGUGGGAGCAGCAGGAGCUGCAGGAGGAGCUGGAGCAGCCGGAGCAGCGGGACCUGGAUCCCCAGCGCCACGGAACCGCAUCAAGGCGGAAGCGGAUGCCCUGAUGACGGGCGACAGCUUCAACAUUCGCCACGGGCGCUCUCGGUCGCAUUUCCUUCAUGGCAGCACAAACAGUAGCAGUGGCGGCAUUGGGAGUGGCGGUGGGACCACCCGCCUCCUCCUGAUCCCGCCCACACAGCUGCCGGGUGUUGGUGGGACCUCGCCGGCUCCCGUCACGCACAAAAUCCGCAAAUUGCACAAGAAGAAAAUCAACGAGAGCAUACGCAAAAGUGUGGACAAAAGUCUGGGCCUCCGCCAUACGCCGAAGAACCACCGCAGUUUGGCCGAGGCCGAGCACCUGCAGGGUCGUCCUGCCAGCGAGGACGCCGAGGACACGGCUCUCAGCGAGGUCAUGCAGCUAGCGGAUGAGAUUGAGCUAGAGAGCUCAUUCGUGACGGCGGCCCCAACAGGUGAUCCGGAUAUAGGUGUCAAACAGGCUCGCCAAUUUGUGCGUGAUGAGGCCAAUUACCAGGAAGACGAUGAUGAUACUAUCGACGACGACGAGGAGCUCGAUGAGGAGGAGGAGGAGGCUCCAGUGUCCACCACCAUCAAGCCCAAAAUCGCCAGUACCCGCCUGCUGCCGGUGAAUGGCACUUGGCAGCGAAUGGGCACCAUAACGCGGGACUCCCCCUCGGAAUCGGAUUACGACACUAAUGCCCUGGACAACGCGGAGGAGGAGGAAGAGGGUCAGCCAUUUGGCAAGCUGCUGCCGCUCAACGAAAGCCUCGCCACCACCGAGUGGAUGGACGAUGGGGCUCAGCGGGAACCGGAGGCGGAGGCCAGAUCCCAGGCGGCCAGCAUGGAGGUCAAGCAGAUCAGCUUUGACAGCGAUGGCGACACCGACUCCGAGGCGGGACUGGACACCUCCGAGGUCACCAUGGACGACGGCUAUCCGCCGGAUGCGCAAGUCGAUGACAAGACCAAGCAGCUGGUCAUUGGCGAUGUGGAGGAGGACUCGGGCGACAACAUGGAGUCCAAUCAGUUUACCGCCGACGUUAUCAACGCCCGGGACAGCAAGAUCGAUCUGGUGUCCAAGUUCCUGCAGUACAUCGAGCAGCAGCACCUGAUGGGCUCCAACUGCGUGGCUGGCACUUCACUGAAUCUGGGCGAGGGCGUGGUCGACCGGUAUGCCCAGGACAGGUUCCGGGUGGAGGCCGAGGUGGCCGUCAAUCGCGCCAAUAUGCUGACCAGGAUCUUCAAGACCACCGGCCGCUCCGUGCAAGAGGAUGUCAACCUGCUGCACGCCUCCGUGCUGUCCAUGGUGGAGUUCGACGAUGAUAUAUUCGCGGCCGGAAAUUGCUUCGACUGGAACGAGCACCCCGCGCAGCCGGGCCUCUUCUGCCCGUUCGCCUACCGGCUGCCGCCUCCGAAUCUGGGAGCGGUGUUCGCCAAGGAUCUGGCCAUGGAGUACCACUAUCUGGGCAACACCUCCGAGUGGUUCUUCCUGGCGCGCAAGAAUGCCGAGAAGGUGAUAGCCCGCAACGAGCAGUAUCUCAAGUCCUUUCAUCUCUACUCGAACCGCACGGAGGAGCGCAUCGAGGACGACACGCUGGCUGUGAAAUACGAGGACGGCAGAUGGUCAAAGCCGUACUACGACUGCGGCGGUGGCAACAUUUGGAUGCUUACCUACACGGUGCCGUUCUUCGGGUACGAGAACGGCACAUAUCACUUCAAGGGCACAUCUGGCAUCGACAUCGACUUGCGCCGCGUGGACAUCGACCAGUGUCCGCAGCGCCACACGCCGGGCACCAAGCGACCGCUGAACAUCUUCGCCGGCACGGACAAGUGCAAGCAGCGCACCACCAUGUGCGAGGCCAUCAUGGGAUUGGGCUUCCGGCGCGGCUCCUACAAAUGUCUGUGCCGCAAGGGAUUCUACUUCCCGGACAUCGUCUCGCAGCACAAGUUCUUCAACGGCAGCCUCCUGGAGGAGGAGUACGAGAAGCUGAUGCUGGUGGUGAGGGCCGCCAGUCCGGCUUUGUUGCGGGUCAUCGCCUUGGGAGCAUUCUUCAUCUACUGCACGAACAUUGUGAUGUAUCCGAAUCCAAACCUGUACACCUGCACGGCGCGCAUUUGGCUGCGUGAGAUUGGCUUCUCCCUGACCUACGGAGCUCUGAUGCUGAAGACCUGGCGGAUAUCGGUGAUUUUCCGCGUUCGAUCUGCGAAGGCUGUGAAGAUCACGGAUGCCGCCCUGCUCAAGAGACUGGGCAUCAUCUGCGGAGCCAUCGGAACCUGCCUGCUGGUCAGGACACUCGUCUCCCCGCCGGACGUGGUGGUGGGACGCACCGCCGACGACCUGAAGGCGUUUCUCUGCAAGACCAACUGGUGGGACUACACGUUCACCUCGAUGGAGGUCCUGUUCCUGGCCUGGGGCGUCCGCCUGUGCAUCAUGGUGCGGAAGGCGCCGUCGGAGUUCAACGAGAGCCGCUUCAUCUCGAUGGCCAUCUACAAUGAGUUCCUGCUCACCUGCUUCCUCAACGUGUCCAUGCUCUUCCUGCAGUCGCCUGCCAAUCCGGACUUGCUGUACAUCAUCUUCUUCUGCCACACCCAGCUGACGGUGACCCUGCUCCUGGCCCUCAUCUUCGGCAGCAAGGUGUACAUCGUGCUGCGCAGCGGCAAGUCGCAUCAGGAGAACAUCGGCAUGGGCACCAAGGCGUCGGGGGCCAAAUUCAAUUUUCGUCCCCAGGUGCGCACCUUCGCCAAUCCCAGUUCGGUGACCACCUCCACGGUCCCGGUGGCAGCAGAAACCAAGCUGUCCGACCAGGAGGCGCUGGAGGAGAUCCGCCAGCUGAGCAUGCAGCUGCAGCGCAUCCAGGAGAUGGCUCCGCCCAAGGGCGUGGCGGUGAUGACGAUCUCCAGCCUGCUGGACGGCCUGAAGACUCCCGGUGGCCUGAUGGUGGUGGCGGCGGCGGCGGGCGCCACAGCCCAAGGCCACUCGGCCGCCAACCGCCAGAGCGCACUGCCCCUGCUCGCCCUGAACGUCGAGAUGCAGAAGUACAGCCAGCAGAACAACAACUCCAACGGGGGGCGGGGGAGUGGCCGGGCCUCCAUUCCCACCAUGGUGCUGGAAACGCCGCCCAGCUCGACGCCCCCGUCGGCGGCGUACGAGGAGCGGGCCGUGAACACGGAGCUCAGCGGCGACGACUUCCGGGAGCAGCUGCUGCGGCGGACGGCCGAUGGCCACAUCAUCUGCAGUCGCUGCCUGGACGCGUCCAAGGAGCACUACUACUGCUGUCCGCCGCGCAGCGCCUGCGACCAUCUCGGCUCGCCGAAGGAGGAGGGCAGCCUGAACUUCGCCAACAUCAAGCUGGAGUGCAUGUGCUCCCAGUCGGAGGACCUUGACCAGGACGUGGGCCAGCGCCAGCGUCGGCCCACGGUGCGAACGGCGGCCACCAAUACGCCGCCGACCAGCUGCAAGCGGGCUCCACGCAACCUGCUGGAGGCCGAGCUCAGCAUUUCGUAUCAAAUUUGUGAUAACUGUAGAAGUAAGUACAAGCUAACGGGCCGCCGACGCAGCGGCAGCUACUCCCAGGCCCAGGAGAAUCCCCAGCUGGGCCAGCAGCCGGCUGGCCAACUGCCCAUCCAAUCCCGCAGCACCGAGCUCCUGGACCGCACCACCGCCGCCGAGGUCGAGACCGAGGCCGAGGCGAGGACCAAGGCGGCCCACUCCACGGACGACAUAGUCCUGUACUCCAGUGCACCCGAGGAGCUGGCCGCCCAGCUGGCCGAGCCCGUGGCGGCUCCCUCCCUGGGCAAUGUGUCCAACAACUCGAACAACUCGACCAGCGGCAGUGGAGGCACCACUCGACCCAAGCGGCCAGACAAGUUGGUCUUGGACCUCAACGAUCGGUCCAAGUACACCAAAGAGGUUUCCGUGUAGAGCGAAUGAAUCUUGGCCAGCAAUGCAGAGCUGUUCGGCGAAGGUGCGUGAUUUCCCAUUUGAAUUCUGUUCUAGAUUUAUAUGAGAUGUUGGAGGGUCAUGGUUUUGGAAGUCACUUCGCCAUUGCAACCCGAAAUAAUGAAAUUGUUGGAGGAAAUGUUGGUGGAAAUGCAAUUGCCGAACAGAUUUUGCAUUGGCUGGCGGCAAUCGAAAUUGUUUUAUGCUUAGGCCAGUUGAAUUAUCAAAGACUUUACUAAAUUAUAUUUGUACAACUAACUAGAUAACUGAUUGAUUUAGCUAAAUGUAGGCAUAAGUCGGAGUGGAAAACACGCGAUUUCAGCGAAAGCGAAGGCGUUUGCGAUUUGCAUUGCUAGGCAAAAUGAUUUGCAACUGUAAUGAGCCCCGAAUGUUGUGAAUUUAUUGAAUUUGGCACGCACCGCAGACGCGAAAGUCAAAAAUGCAGUUCGCUGAAAGUCAUGUGCUUUCGUUAGAAUAUUAAUAAAUUUUACAUUUCAUGUGUGUAGAUAAUUAAAUCUAAAUUGCUUACUAAUUGAAAAUCGCAGCGAGUCAUUUCCAAUGGAAAUGGUUUGCGCACUCAUAAUGCAUUUGCUGUUAUAUUUACUAUAUUAAGCCAUGUUUAAGUGCCGAUCUGAUCUAUUCAAAAUGGGAGCCCAACCACAUGCACACCCUGUUCAUUGCAUAAUGGCCACUCUGUAAUAUAGGUAAUCAUAAAUUAAAUAAAAUGUGUUGAUGUGAGCUGUACCAUACACAUAUCUCCUCCAAACUCCAAACUCACACAACACGCUCACACCUUCCAACUAAUAUAGUGAGUAAACAAUUGUAGCUACAAUUAAGCAUUAACUAGAUGUCCCACACCUAGCUACACUAUUAUCAAUACUUCAUUAUCAAUAAAUACCCUUUGCCGAACCGAAAUCCCCUCUGCAUCACGGAUCGAAAUGACAUUUGCGAAAUCUGCGUUGUCGCUUGAAAAGGCCCGAACAACAAUUGCGUGUACUAUAUUUACGUACUGUAGUUAAGCGUUGAUGUUAUUGAGUUGGAAAAUAUGUGCAUUAAAUGCGUUUGUUUAAAGCAAUCCAAUAAAUGGCGACUCCACUGAA